UAGUUCACUACGCAUAAGUACAAAGUACAGACUGUGAUAAGUUAAUGCGCCCAACGUUGUACGAUCAGCAGUACAAGCGACGGAGGCGUAGAUAUAUUAUAUAAUCGUUGCAUGUAUUGCCACAUUUACUUACUAGAUUACUAUACUGCAUACCGGAGGGGACACACCUACAUUCCAACUAUAUCUUCACGUGGAGAUUUCAGAGAGAACAUUUCGACAGAAUGGUUUGAUUUUGGCAACAACUAUUAACACUGGGCAUGAUUUGUAUGGUUUAUUCACCAUUUUAACCACAACAAGGGAUUCUGCAAUUACAAGUAAAUCGCAAUCUAUUGGACCAUCCGAUGUCCGAAACUGAGACAAGUAUAGGACACGAUUUAUACAUUGGAGUAACGUGAAAGUAGGAUAUAUAUAACGCUACGGAGAUAUGGGGCUUGGUGGAGACGGCAAUAACCCUGCGGGUCCGCCCGAGGAAACGGCGGGAAAUACGACAGAAAAUGACACAGGUGACCCGACGUCGGGGAAAGAAAAGACGACAGCGGGUUCGGACACCCGAUCAAUGAGUGUAUCUGGGGAGUCGCUUUAUGCUCUGCUCAACUUGAAUAGGGGAGCUUCGGAGGAAGAAAUAAAGAAAGCAUACAGAAAGCAAGCAUUGAGGUAUCAUCCAGAUAAAAAUAGGGACGACCCUACAGCAGAAGAUAAGUUUAAAGAGAUCAACCGUGCACAUAAAGUAUUGACAGACGAGAAGAAGAGACAGAUCUAUGACGAGUACGGAUCACUGGGUCUCUACAUAGCCGACACCGUAGGGGAUGACUACGUAGGACUCUACUUCAUGUUCAACAGCAAAUGCUUCAAGAUCACAUCAAUAAUAUGCUUCAUUGCGACGGGUUGUUGUUGCUGUUGUUGUUGUUUCUGUUGUUUCUGUGGAUGCUGCGGGCUGUGCAGUAAAUCAAAAUCAGAUGAGGAAGAUGGUGAUCUCUCCGACAUAGAAAGUGGAAGUACUGAUGGAGGAGAUACCAAGGAGCCAGUGAGGAACCAACCCGAAGCCUCGGGUGGAGUGAACAACGAAGUCUUUGCAAUGCCCAAACCAUAACUAGUAUAUGGACAUGUAAGCAGCCGACCAACAGCCCGUGAGACCGACACCCUCCGAGGCCGACGAUAUCCGUCUAGUGAACCCGAUGGAAGGUUGACAGCAGGCCAUUGUUGGUCUCAUGAGCUGUAGCUAGUUUUAAAGACAAUAUGAUAUCAAAGAUUCUCAAGAAACAACAUUUUGAAUAAUUUCAAUAUCCAGUAGUAUGAUUGAAAUGAUGUCCGGAUAGUUAAUAUGCCAUAUCUGCAAUAUUCAGACCCCUUACAGCCGGGGUAUUUUACCGACAUCGCUACAGCUACUUUAUGUUUUUUAAAUUCCGCCAUCUUUCGGUGAUCGCGAUCACAUUAAUAGAAAUUAAUACAAUUUAUUGAUGUUAACCCUGUUAUAUAUAGUAACUACCAACCAUGUCAACAUCUCUCAAAAGCUAAUCGAAUCGGGUUUUUUCAAUGGAAGUUGCCAUUAAUGGCAAAGCUACCAUCAAUUGUAUUUUUAUGCAACGGGCCCGGGACGCGACGCGUCUUAUUUUUUUCGUACCAUAGCGAGCCCAGAUUGAGCUCGCAAAGGGAACCUGCGCAUGCGCACAUGGAAUCCGGUAGGGUUAUUAACCGGGUGAUAUUAAUUAUACAAAUCAACCUUUCAUUUAACCAUCGUUAGCUCAAACGGUUAAGACAAUGUCGUACCAAUAUACUUUGGAGUUGACUUGAGGGUUCUAUUAUCGGUUUUUAUUCAGUUUUGUUUUGCCUUUAUAAAUAGUGAGGCAAAGCAAUAAAUAAUAAAAAAUCCAAUUGUUUGUGACCUCUUUGCAAGCUUUCGUAGCUUGUUAUGUAUGGAAAUGAGUUCAUACUAGAAUCUGGGCUCGCUGUGGUACGAAAAAAUAAAAUGCGCCCGGGACAUUUUGAGCAGCAGAUAGCAGUAGAGAAAUUGAUGUAGACCUAAUGUAUAUUUUUUUCCUCACUGACUGAGCUUCCAUUUUUGAUUAAACUUUUCAAUUAGAGAGAAUGAAAGGGUGUAUAAGAAUGAUGUAGCAAGAUGAUAGGGCAAAACAAAGAAACGAGAACAUAUAUAAUAUAUAGACACGAGAGAGAGAGAGAGAAAG